GCUGCGGCACAACGAAGUGGAAGAAGAGGAGGUGAUUCAAGUGGCAGGCGAAAACACCUCCACCAGGUUGGCCCUCAGCACACAGGAAGCAAAUGUCCUGGGACAUUUGGGUGAAAACCCAUACCUCCGGUGUUUCUUCUUCAUUUCCGUGGCAAAGCGGAGGCCGGACGUGGCCAGCGCCGCCUUGGGCAAGGCCGUCAUGGAAGCCGAUGCCGCCGUGGCGCAGGAGAGAAAUUUGUGGAUCCAACAGGAGAAGGAACUUCUCCGACAGCAGAAGGCGAUUCGCAUUAAUGAGCAGUUUGGCAAGGAGUUCCGCAAAGGGCAGAAAGCGCUCAGGAAACCUCCAGCGCAUUUACCCACCGUGGUGGCUCGAAUGCCAGGCUGCAUCCAAUUGCGCUUGCCGCCGUUGCAUCGAUCUCCGCCGAUGAGACCCAUUGCGGAAGAUCUCAACCCCACUCCGCAGGAAUACUCCGAAGCUCUGCAUUCCAAGCGUCUGGGUGCCUUGCCGCCGUCGCAGAUUCACAUGACUUGCGCCUUGGAGCAGCGGCGGGCAUGGUCUUUGGCAAGGCCGCCGGUGUCGGCACCAGCGUGUCAGAGAUGCACCGCGAUCUCCUGGGUACAGGCUGCCGCCGCGCGGGGCAAGACUUGGUGGAGAUCCGGGGCCUCAAAACGAACACCAACUACUGCUUCGCCACCAUGUGAGAGCAAAGGCUGUAUUUCAUCAAUCAGCGCCACGAGUUCGCCCAUCGGUGCAUACUAUCCGCUGCCCUUGGCCUUACUCCGCACCAAGCUCUGCACGGCGGCUUUGGCUGCGGCGGACUUUGGCACUUCCGCCCUGAAAAACGCGUGGCCACCUUUGUUUGAAAGCUUCUGCGAACGCUGUGCUCCGGAGGAGGAGUUUGACUCCUACGGCCUUCGAAGCUUCAAGUUACGUUUGGACGUGGCCGAUCGAUUUCCUCCGGCCGUCCUCUCGGCCUUCGCGCAACUGGUGCUGCUGCGCCAUCGUCUCAAUGUGUCAAAAGCAACAGUGAUGCCGUGCACAAGGCCUGCACAACGCGCUGUGCUGUGUGCUGCAAAUGAGUGCGUGAUUGCUGUUGACUGUGCGCGCCGCGCGGGCAACAGCUUCCUAUGUCGCCAAGCGGUAUCUCUGACCUUGGAGCUGCUUGCCAGAUUGAUGUGCUAUCGAACCAGGCCCACGAUGUUGCUGACGCUGCUGGCCAAGUGUUCCGCGAGCCUGGAACAUUUCCCGAAACCUGAGAGGCAGCUACCCUGGCAUUCGAAGGCGCGUCAGACAGUGAUAUACUUGCUGCACCAGACCACUGUGACCUGCGUGCAGCUGAGACAGGUAGGUCUUUUGCAGAAGCAGCUCGCAGAUGAUUUGCCUGAACGCUACAUGGCCAAUCCUUUGGCGGAUGCUCAGGAAGUUGAUCGGAUCCGUUCCCUACUAUUGGACCAGGCGUUGGAGCUGGCCCUGCUGGGCGCAGAGCAUUGGAGCUUUGCAGAGAAGAAAGCCAUGGUGGCGCUGCAGGACUCGGCCGACAAGGAUGAGUUGUUACGGAUGUUGAAGGAGUUGUCCUCCCAGAACUUUGCCAUGGCCAAAGAUGCUGCUGCACUGGCAUUGCGGGAGGAUCCUAAGAGACCUCUCUUCGCCCUGUCCCUCUUGCGCUGUGCUGCCGUACGGAGCGAUCAGCCCGAGACACAAGCCAGCGUGGGCAACGUUUUGUCCACGCAUCCCUGUUCCCAGGCACUUGAUUCGCUCCUCCUGAAACGGCAAGAGGAGUACAAGAAGUAUGGCUUCCUACUUCGUGCCUUACCUCCAAGUCGCUUGAGCUUUCCGGAGCCGAAAGAGGAGGAAGAGGCAGAGGAACCACCCGAGGAUGAGGCCACAUUGAAACCGGAGGAGGCGGCAGAAGAAGAGGCAGUACAAUGGGGAUUUGAUCAGAAAAACGUCUAG